CGCUGACACAUAAAUUCUGAUGCAUAAAUGCCGCUCCUACUGAGGAACAAUUUGCUGACCAGGCAAAUCUACUGCAGGCUUUUUCUGCUGUGAGAUCUUCUGAUAUCUAAUUACCAUCCUUUCUCCCCAUCUGUCUGUCUUGUUUUUCUCCGGUUGAGUGGUGAGCGAAAGAAGAUGAUGCAGUGGUCCACUGGAACUGGGAGCAGUCGAAUUGGUAGUAAAAAGGAACCAUAUGAGCUUUCUCUUCUAAUGGGGCUUGUGUCGCAGACAGUGUAAACAGUGGAGAACGUAACAAUACAGGAGCUGGAUGUCUGCACAUCUAGCUUCAAUAUUUUUUCUGGUACUGUGAGUCUAAGCUGCAGAAAUGACUGUGGUAGCGGGAGAUAACAUGGAUGAGACCUCAACCCUGCCAGGCCAUCCACAUGAUCCGUACCCCCAUGACCAUGAGGACCACGAAUGCUGCGAGCGUGUCGUUAUCAACAUCUCAGGCCUGCGCUUUGAGACUCAACUCAAAACACUUGCCCAGUUCCCUGACACGUUGCUGGGCAAUCCCAAAAAGCGCAUGCGCUACUUUGACCCUUUAAGGAAUGAAUAUUUCUUUGACAGGAACCGGCCAAGCUUUGAUGCCAUCCUCUACUACUACCAGUCAGGUGGGCGGUUAAGAAGACCCGUCAAUGUCCCUUUAGACAUGUUCUCUGAGGAGAUCAAAUUUUACGAGCUUGGAGUAGAGGCCAUGGAAAAAUUCCGGGAAGAUGAGGGCUUCAUUCGUGAAGAGGAGCGUCCACUGCCAGAAAACGAAUUUCAGAGACAAGUAUGGCUCCUGUUUGAACAUCCAGAGAGCUCAGGCCCUGCACGUGGCAUUGCAAUUGUGUCAGUCAUGGUAAUUCUGAUUUCUAUAGUCAUAUUUUGUCUGGAGACCUUGCCGGAACUCAAAGAGGAUCCACGAGGAUAUAUGCAAACUAUUGGGAACAGUACUUUCUAUUACAAGCCAAACAUUUUCAGAGACCCCUUCUUUAUUGUGGAAACCCUCUGCAUCAUUUGGUUCUCCUUUGAACUGAUUGUCCGUUUUUUCGCUUGCCCAAGCAAGGCAGCCUACUUUAAAAACAUGAUGAACACAAUUGAUGUAGUGGCAAUCAUCCCCUAUUUCAUCACGCUUGGCACGGAGCUUGCUGACGAUGAAGAGGGGAAGGAAGCAAAAGGAGGGGGUGAACAGGCCACAUCUCUGGCCAUCCUCAGGGUUAUUCGUCUUGUCCGGGUGUUCAGGAUCUUCAAACUGUCGAGGCACUCUAAAGGACUGCAGAUUUUGGGGCAGACGCUGAAAGCCAGCAUGAGAGAGCUGGGCCUCUUGAUCUUUUUCCUUUUCAUUGGAGUCAUCUUAUUCUCUAGUGCAGUGUAUUUCGCAGAGGCUGAGGAGAAGGAGUCCUUCUUCACCAGUAUUCCAGAUGCAUUUUGGUGGGCUGUGGUCUCAAUGACCACUGUGGGAUACGGUGAUAUGUACCCUGUGACCAUUGGAGGCAAGAUUGUAGGUUCCCUUUGCGCCAUUGCUGGUGUGCUCACCAUUGCACUUCCCGUCCCAGUGAUUGUGUCCAACUUUAACUAUUUUUACCACAGAGAAACAGAAGGAGAGGAGCAGGCACAGCUCCUCAAUGUGAGUAAUCCCAACAUUGCGUCCGACUCCAACUCCAGUCGACGCAGCUCAUCUAUCAUAAGUAAGUCGGAAUAUGUGGAGACAGACGACGACAUGAAUAACAGCAUUGACAAUUUUAGGGAGGCAAACCUGAGAACUGGGAACUGCACGAUCCCAAACCAGAACUGUGUGAAUAAGGGCAAGCUUCUAACAGAUGUGUAAUUCUUGCUCCACUUUUAUUUUGAAGAUACAACAAACAUGACGUAUUAAUAAUACGGGAAAGCUUUAUAUAGGCCUAGGUCAAUGCAUUAUUGCAUUGCAUUUGCUUCACCAAGACAAGGAAUACACUCAUAUGCCACUGAAUAGCAAAAUGUUUGCUGAAAAUAAAGAUAUUGCGGAUCAAAAGGAGAUGAAAAUGCAGGUCCAAAUGGGAACUUUGUCACCAAUUGUCAACAGUGUGAUCAUCAGGAAAACAAAUAGACAUGGAUUAUUACAAUAACAGAAUGUCCACAGCAUCUGGAAUUGAGUUCCUAGAGCAUUAUGCAGAUUCUGAUGCAUUCUCAUUUUGGGGGAUAGGUGCUGUUGAUCUUGAGGUGCACUGAACAGCAAUGCACCUCAUUAUUAAUGGAAAACCAUGGCUUCUUGCCAACACUGGUAUUUCUCCAUCAGAUGCUAAAACUCUUACUCUUAUAAGAUCCAAUACCAUGUGAAAAAGAACAUGGCUUUUGGAAGUGUAUAAGCAUGUUGAAAUAUUCUUUGGUUAUCGAUCAUGGCAUGCUCAAAUCAUUACCUCAGUAUUUUUUCUAUUCAUUUACACAUUGCCCUCAGAUUUCAGACUUUGGUUUUGCAAAAUGCAGUGCUUAUUAUGUUUUGUUCCUGGUAUGGAUUGAGAAAUUAAUGUUUAAUAGUAAGGUUGGAGAAGUGAAGCUUUGAGGCCUACUCAACUCAGGUACUAUGUAUCUUGGUAUAAUUAUUGCAUGGCACCAUUAUUAACAGAUCAUAAUGGAUCUUUUUGUAUGUACUUGUAGAUUAAUACAGGGAUCCAUACUAAUUUCAACAAUAUAUUUUGAAACAAUAUAGAUGUAUAUUGUAAUGGCAUUUAUUAGCAAUGUCAUUACAUUCCUAACAGUAUUACAUCUGCCGUUAAUGGGACAUGGAGGUGAAACCAUACAGAUUAUAGAACUGGAAAUUAAUGUAAAUUGUUUUAAGGUACUCUACUGAGGUCUUUGUAUGAAUCCUGGGUAUUUGAUGGCCAGUGAACUAAACAUUUUGCAUAGGGGCUGAUUCAUUAGGCUAUACAUACACCUGCCAGAGCAAUGCUCAAGUCAAACAAAUGCAUUCAUGCUUGUCUAACCAAUUUAACAAGAAUCAAACCAACAGUGAACUUCUAAAAAGCUGCUCAUUAACCACCCUUUACUGCUUGCAACACAUUUAUGAUUUUACAACAUAUUAACCAUUUAAUCAACUUUACAAGUAAAAUAUUUAGUGUAUCUGCUUUGACAUCUACGCUGUUUGAAGAUAUACGUAUAUUACUCUGUAUAUGUUGCAUAUAGUGCCUUUAACCCCCUUACUGACAAAACUUUUAAAAAGUGCCUCCAUGUACAAUAACAUCAGUUUUACUGUGCAACUCCUUUUAACUGUAUGAUGCAAUGUCAAGGACCAAUGUGAGUGGGAUUUGUACUAUAA